AAUGCCGGGGCUUUUGGGACCCCUGCGGUCAUUUUGGAAGACGGGUUGGAGGAGGGAUGGCUGAUUAUAAAAAUGCACAACAGUCUGAAGAAUUAUUACCAUGUCGGAUUUGUGGAAGGACUUUUUUUCCACCUGCAUUAAAAAAACAUGCUCCCAUUUGCCAAAAAACUGCUGCUAAAAAAAGAAAAACAUUUGACUCGAGCAGACAGAGAGCAGAAGGAACUGAUAUUUCCACAGUAAAGCCUAUAAAACCACGGCCAGAACCUCCAAAGAAACCAUCAAACUGGCGACGAAAGCACCAGGAGCUCUUAGCAGCUAUAAGAGCAGCCAAAGGAGUAGAUCAGGUUCUUAAAGAAGGUGGAAAAUUGCCACCACCACCACCUCCUUCUUAUGAUCCUGAUUAUAUUCAGUGUCCAUACUGCCAGAGGCGAUUUAAUGAAAAUGCAGCUGAUCGACAUAUCAAUUUCUGCAAAGAACAGGCAGCACGUAUUUCUAAUAAAGGGAAAGUGGUUAGUGAAGUUAAAGGGAAGCUUCCUGCUCGAACACAGUACAAGACACCAACAGCAAAGAAGAUACCUUCUGCAGGAAUAACACCGCCAUCCUUAUCACGCUUACCACAACCAAGUUCCUCUGCAAAUAAAAUAUUGUCUCCAGGUGGACAAGUAGGAAACAAAAUCCAGAGUUCUCCAGCUCAUAAAAAUGUAGUGAAAGCAAGUCCACAAAUAGGGGGGGCCAUGAAACCACGGAUGGGAGCAUCUACUAAUAUGACACGAACCACUGGUCCGGGUAUGAUGGUAAACAAAAGAAAAGCAUUUGGCACUGAAACUUAUUCAACCAGAGCUGGAUUUGACAGUGGAGACUGUUCAUCUAUCAAUGGAGGAAGUUCAAAAAGCAAUGAGGGAAAUUCUCUUGCACAGUUACCAAAAUUCUGUUAUGAAUGUGGUACCAAAUAUCCAAUUGAAUCUGCAAAAUACUGCUGCGAAUGUGGCGUUCGAAGAAUGAUUUUGUGAAUACACCUAUAAUGUAAAAUGAGAAAUAUAUUUCUUGCUAAGGCUAUAUGAAAAUCUCUGCUACACUUUUCCACCGGGACUUGCUCUAAGGCACCAUACUAAUGUUCUGGACAAUUAUUUUUUGUUGUGAAAUAAUAUAUAUAUAGAUAUAUAAAUACAUUGUAUAUAAAUUAUUAGAUACCUAAAACUGUGCCAUUCAAGAUGGUAUACUUGAGAUAUUGUUGGAGAAUAUUUAAUGGAGCAAAACUUUAAAUCAAGCACUAAGGUUUUUUGUAAUAUACAUAUAUUAAUAUUCUUAGUCAUUUGUAGUUUUUGCCCUGAAUCAUUUGGUCUAAGGAACGUGUUCCAGUAGAAAAUAUGUUAUACAUGGAAAUAUUGAUUGAUAUUUGGUUGAUAACCUAGAUGGUACUUUGUUGAUUGACAGUCAUAAAUUUUAUUAUUUGUAUACGUUUAAUGUAAAUUGAUAUUACUAGUUUCACAUGUACUAUUAUAAUUAACUAGUUGGCAUUUUACCCUCUUAUUUGUUCCAAAAAGCUAUAACAAGUUUUUGUGCAGAUAUUUUUCUAUGUGGAAAACUUCCCAUGUGUUUCAUACAAAAAGAUUUGAGUUGCUACUAAAUUAAUUAAAUUAUCAAAUAUAAUUUAAUCAUGUUCUGAGGAUCAACUUCUUUUCCUAAAAAACAGGGCUGUGAUCUGUUUUAAAAGCUUGGCCAAUAUGACCCAAAUUAAUUUCCCUCUUGGUUGUCUAAUGUACCAACAAAAAAAAUCAUUGAAUGUUUUAUAAUAAUUAUGACACACUAGUUUCAGAAAAAUGAUAUCCCAAUCAUGAUUUUUCUUCUUCCUAUUACUUUGACUAAAGGGUGUGUUUACCAUUAUCAUUUCUUACACAAUCCUCUGAAACUAAAACAAAAAGAAUUAUAUUAAACUCAAACUACAGUAGUAUUAAGUUACUUUUUUUUUUAGUAAGCCUCCUUUCAACAGCAAUUUUUUUUACCACAAAAAACAUUUACUUGUGCCUUUCCCAGAAUUAAUGUUUUUUUUUAAUUUAAUAUCGCUGUUUCUAAAUCUUUAAUUUUCUAAGUUUAGUAACUUAAGUAAAACAACAAGUCCAUUUGCAAUUUUUGACCUGAAUGAUGUAGGAUUUAUUUUUAUUGCUAUCUUUACUCUAGUCAAAACUUACUUGCUAUGGCAGAUGACAAUUAAAAAUGCAUUUGAGCAAGAUUUGUCCCCAUUUUUCAGUAUAUUGACCAAUAGCAAACUGCAAUUUUUAACGAAAAGAAUUAACAGAUUAAUUGGCAUAGAAUUGUAUGUGUGUUAGAAUUCUGUUUAAAAAGCAUUCAUAAGUGUAGUAUUCCAGUUUUGUAUUGUUACCUAAUUUUAUGUGUAUUAGUGAAAAUCAAUCUUUAAUAUCUUAAUGUAGAUUAGCACUUUUUUUUCAUUUAAAAUACACUGGUAUGGUGGAGCUUACAUUACAAACAUUCAGAAUGCACUGUAGCUCUUCCUUGGUCUCUGUGGAUUCUGCUCUGCCUUGCUUAUUAACUGUUAGUGUAACUUAAUAUGCAUCCUAUUCACCAAAGAACCCAUAUAUUUGUUGUAUAAAAAAGUUUUCACAUGUUCUUGCAGAUGCUUUAUUACAUCUUAUUAUUGCAUCUCUUUGAUAUGUUUUAAUAUAAUGAAUCUGGUCUUCGUAACAAAGCAAUAGUCUAAUUUUAACUAGUUACAUGAGCAUUAUUCUGAUUAGGUACUUUUUUCCCCCUAAAUGUUCUUUAAGAACAAAAGCAUUGUAUAAAUGCUUGUUCUAUGUUACCUAGAAUUUUGUUAAUAAAACUUUCAUUGUGU